UCGCGCCAAAUUGAAACAACGGAGCAGUCAGUCUGAGCGGUGGAAGGAAGGACUUGAGACACAAACCAACAGGCUCUACCUUUAACCUUUCACUCGUUAUUUCCCGCUCAAGAGUAGCUAACAUGGAGGAGGCCAACAAGCUAAUCGGCACGGGCAAGAAGCACCUGGUGAUGGGGAAGGUGGUGGAGGCGGUGAGCGCCCUGCAGGAGGCCUGCGGCAUGCUAGCUAAGAAGUACGGGGACACAGCAGAUGAGUGUGGAGAGGCGUUCUUCUGGUGUGGAAAAGCUCUGUUGGAUUUGGCACGGAUGGAGAACUCAGUCCUGGGUAAUGCUCUGGAAGGAGUACCGGAGGAGGAGGAAGAGGAGGAAAGCCCCAAGGACUCGAACGUUGAUGGCACAGAAAACAUCGAUGAGAAGACUAGGGAUGAGCUGAGGGAGCAGGUGUACGACGCCAUGGCGGAGAAGAAAACCGAAGACGCAGAGAAAAAGAACGAAGACGCAGAGAAGAAAAAGGACGACUUACAGCAGGUCGAAGGGAAGCAGAGCGAAGAUAAAGAGAACGGUGAUGUAAAAAAGGCUGAUGAGCAACAGAAGACAGAAAAGAAGAGCGAGGUUAAUGGAAGCAAAUCUGAUGAAAGUGAAGAGAAGACAGUAAACGACAAGGAGGCUGAGAAAGAAUCAGCAGACAAGGAAGCGGAAGCAGAAGAGGAGGAGGAAGAGGAGGAGGAGGUGGAAGAAGAUGGUGAUGAUGUAGAAAUGGAGGGCGACGCAGAAGAGCAAGGCGAAGGAGACGGCGCUGCUGAGAAGGACAGUGAGGAUGAGGAGGUGGGGAACCUGCAGCUGGCCUGGGAAAUGCUGGAAGUGGCUAAAGUCAUCUACACAAGGAAGGAGAACAAAGAGGAUCAGCUCAUGGCAGCCCAGACCCGCCUGAAACUGGGUGAAGUUUCUGCUGAGUCAGGGAAUUACACGCAAGCUCUGGAGGAUUUCCAGGAGUGUCUGAAGCUGCAGGUGAAGCACCUUGAUUCAGACAGCCGCCUGCUUGCCGAGACCCACUACCAGCUAGGUCUGACCUACAGCUUAAAUCUCGAGUACAGCAAGGCCAUCGAGGAGCUGAAGAGCUCCAUCUCCGUCAUAAAGAGCAGGCUGGACAAACUGCAGGAGCUGCUAGACAAGGCGGAGGGCCCAGAGGCUCUGCCUGAGGAGAGGAAGGAGAUGGAGGAGCUGAAGACGCUGCUGCCAGAGAUCCAGGAGAAGGUGGAGGAUGCCACAGAGGGGCUGAAGACGGCGAGCACUGCCGCUGAGGCUGUGAAGGGUGUACUGGACGGAGGCUCCACUUCCUCUGCUUUCCCAGGAUCCUCUACACAGAAUGGCAACUCCUCACCUGCUCCAAAGAUUAACAGCACAUCAACCAACGGAGUUAGUUCUACUAACGGACACACCUCCAAAGCUCCAGUCUCUGACAUCUCCCACCUGGUCAGGAAGAAGAGGAAAUCAGAUGAGAGUCCAGUGAAGGAGAACGUGGUUAAGAAGGUGAAGCAGGACGCUGGUAAGACUAACGGUGCUGACAAAGCCAACAGAGACGCUAACGGACAAAUGGAAGUCGAGAGUAAGUGAAGCUACACUCGACUCCACCCAAGAAGAGACUCAAACAUGCCAUGCUCACUUCACUGUUUCUACACCUGUUUGCUGUUGUAAAUAUGUGUUUCUUUUUCUAUGCCUGUUAUAAUGUUAGUGUGUUCCCAUAUGUAACCUAUAAAAUUUCAAUAAAUAUUAUUUGAUGGAGAA